GCGCACUGGGGUCCCAGCGCCUGUGGCGACUGCCCGCUCGGCUUCUCUGAAGAUGGCGGAGCGCGCCGGUGGUGGCACAUCCCUGAGGGGGCUGCGAGAACGGAUGGUUGCUGCUGCUAAUGCCAUUGCUGAAGAAAGACGGAGUCAGGGUAGCUUUAGCGCUCUUCCAUCACAGCCCUCAAAUAUAAAAUCAGCGUUUAAACCAGUAAUAGAUGGAUCUGUGCUAAAAAAUGAUGUAAAGCAAAGAUUAGCAAAGGAGCGCAGAGAGGAGAAAAAAAGACAAGAUGAUGCUAAUAAAGAGACACAACUACUUGAAAAAGAAAGAAAGUCUAAGAUCCUAUACGAAAAACAGAUGGAAGAAAAGCAGCGAAAGCUGAGGGAACAGAAAGAAAAGGAUGAACAACGGAGAAUAUCUGCAGAGAAAAAGAGGAACGAAAAGUUACAGGAAGAAAGGGAGAGAUUCAAAGCUGUCCUUCAUCGUACACUGGAACGGAGCAGCCGUAUUGAUCAUCAAAAAAGAUGGUCAUGGGAAGGCUCUAUAACAGUAAACUCUCAGAAUAAAACUGCCAACAGACAUUCUGUAUCUACUGAAAAGCUUGAACAGGGGACUUCUGGAUUACAUAAACAGAUGCCAUCUGCAAGUCCUCAAUAUUCUCUUGCCAAGAAAACAGCAGAAAAGAGGAGAAGCUCAUCACUGAAUAGAAGAUGUAGCAAACUGCAUUCAUCUACUGAACAAGUGGAAGAAAAAACACCUGGCAUCCACAAUAUAUUCCAAUGUGUAAACAUGCCCCUGCUUAAGCAUAGCAGUGGUGAAUUGAAGAGUACCAUGGUGCCUCACAAGUCAGCGCUGGUAAUACCUCCCCAGGAGAAAGUAGACACACCCUCCAAGACAAGCGUGGAAGCGGCCCCCAAGGCGAGUGUGGAAGUGCCCCCAAGGGUGAGCGUGGAAGCACCCCCCGAGGCAAGCAUGGAAGCACCCCGUGAGGCGAGCGUGGAAGCACCCCGUGAGGCGAGUGUGGAAGCACCCCCCGAGGCGAGCUUGGAAGCACCCCCCGAGGCGAGCUUGGAAGCACCCCCCGAGGCGAGCUUGGAAGCACCCCCCGAGGCGAGCGUGGAAGCACCCCGCGAGGCGAGCGUGGAAGCACCCCCCGAGGCGAGCUUGGAAGCACCCCCCGAGGCGAGCGUGGAUGUACCCCCCGAGGCGAGCCUGGAAGCACCCCCUGAGGCAAGCUUGGAAGCACCCCCUGAGGCAAGCUUGGAUGUACUCCCUGAGGCGAGCGUGGAAGCACCCCCCGAGGCGAGCGUGGAAGCACCCCCCGAGGCGAGCGUGGAAGCACCCCCCGAGGCGAGCGUGGAAGCACCCCCCGAGGUGAGCGUGGAAGCACCCCCGGAGGUGAGCAUGGAAGCACCCCCCGAGGCGUGUGCAGGAACACCCCCCGAGAGCGUGGAAACAUCACCUGAGGCAAGUGAGGAUCUGUCCCUUGAGGCAAGUGUGGAUCCGUCACCAGAGGUGAGCAUGGACUCAUCCCCAGAGAUGAACGUGGACUCGUCCCCAGAGGUGAGCACGGGAGCGUCAUCUGAGGCGCGCGUGGAAGCAUCUCCCGAGGCGCGCGUGGAAGCAUCCCCAGAGGAGAGCACAGAAGUGCCCUCUGAGGCAAGUAUGGAGGCGCCCCCUGAGGCCUCCCCUGAGGUGACCAUGGGAAUGACUUCCAAGCUGAAAAUGAAAGACUCUCCACAGAAAUCAGAAACGGACAAACAGGCCUCAAACCCGAUUACGAAGAAGCGCCUACCACCAUCACAGAUACCGUGUUAUAAAUGGUCAUCUUCUCCUACAAGCAGGUGGCGUCCUCCAUCUCCCAUCAGUGCUAGCAGGCAAAUCCAAAAGAAUCGGCCCCCGUCACCUUCACCCGUCACGUCAAAACAGUCGACACAGUUUUCUUUUUCCUGUAGAGUAAUUCCUAUGCAGCGUACCGUAUUUGCACAAAAUGCAUUAGGUACUAUUGGAAUGAAAAGUGAAGCCAUCUCUAACACCAUUAACAGCUCUGAGGCUGCAAGCCAAAAGGAUAUGAUCUGUGAAGAGUCUGGUAAUAAAAGCACACCAGGGCCUAUGAAUGCUGAGGAGGCAACAAAAAUUUUGGCAGAGAAACGACGCCUUGCUCGUGAACAAAAAGAAAAAGAGGAAGAAAGACUACAAAAAGAGAUGGAACAAAGGAAAAUGAAAGACAUAGCAAAGAAAGCCAAUGAAGGCCAACAAGAGGAGUUCCCAAAAUUUGGAGAUGGGCAACCACCAGAGGAGAUAAAGAAGAAAGGAAGUCAAGAACAAGAAGACCAAAAAGUAGAACACCAGAAAAGUGAUGCCAAAAUAAAAGCUCAGGAGGAGGCUGACAAACGCAAGAGGGAGCACGAGAGACUUAUGUUACAGAAUUUGCAGGAGAGAUUAGAAAGAAAAAAGAGAAUUGAGGAAAUUAUGAAGCGGACAAGAAGGCCAGAUUCGAAUACCUCAAAGGCUACAGAGACAUUCAGCAAUGAUGCAUAUGAGGAGGACGAGGCAGACGAUGAGGACGAGCCAGAAAGUGGCAGUGAUUCCUUUGAUGACAUGCAUCCAUCAGCUUUUAUAAAUGGCACGGAGUCAUCCACAAAACCCAAAACACAUUUAAAAAAUGUGAAGAACACUCGCAAGCUGGUGUUUUUAGAUGCGACUUCUAGCUACAUCCGUAAAGAGACAAAAACACUUUUAAAUUGUGACAUGAAAACCUUCAGACAAAAAAGAGUGAAAGACCCUUUGAAUCAGACAAAGAGUGCCAGAUCCUCCACCAAAAGAACAGCCAACCGAGCAGCCAAAACCGGAAAGGCAGAAACCAGCAACACCGUGGGACCUUCCAAGAGCUUACAUUCAGAGGCACAGGAUUGGGUCUGUGACACGAUUCCUGACAUCACAAGCGAGACAGAACCACCUAAGUCCAGUAUCCCUCCUGAUAGCCGAAAACACCACCUGAAAGGUCCCAUGACAUCCUGCCUAAGUCACCAGCCGCCUAUAGACAACAAGAAAACAAGCAGAUCUGUUUCUGCUCCAUCAGAUAUGUAAACCUCAUCCAGCCUGGAAGAGAAUCCAUUCUCCACUCUGCUUGUGCUCUCCAGGCCUGCCCUUCAGUAUACACUCAGGCUUGAGAUGUGGAAUCAAAAUUUGCUUGCCCUUCUCUAGCGGCCGGCUGCGAGUGAGUACAGGAGCAGUGUUAUUCUUCGGUCCCCUUGAUGGGCACAGAGACAUACACAAUGUACACGCACACACGUGUACACAGGAUAUAUGUUUCCUGAAAUCCAUUGAAUCCUGUUUAAACUUGACUAAAACUCGAAUUCAAAUUAGUGGUCCCGAUGCUAAUGAGUUUUCUGGUGCAUCACAAAUAGUUUGAAGCAGGCCUGUGUUCCUUUGUAGCCACCAGUCUUCGAUUAGUAAAAGGAAGUAGUUAUUCUCUCUGAUUCCCUAGUUCUUUGCUAUUCAGAGUACUGUAUCUUUGUUACAGAACAGAGGUUGGUGCCUUAGAUUUAAAAACUUUCUAUAUAUUAGCUCUUUUAUUAAAAAAAGG